AUGAUUACUAGUUUUUAAUGUUUUGCAUCAUUAACCUACGAGAAGGGUUGACGAAAAUGAUGUUCUUUUGUCCCCUGUCAAAUGAAUCAUGAAUUUUCAUUCAUUAUUAUGAACAAAACAAAGUUAGCGUUUUUGCUCCUGCUGUUUCCACGCUUUCAAUUCAAUCAUUGAAAAUUCACCCUUUUCUUCACCCUAUUUUUUUAUUCACUCUAACCAAAUCAAUCGAUUCAAGAUAGACCCACAUUGCAAAAAGCUUAAAGUUUUGUAUUUUCAAGCAUGAUGAAUGAAUAGCUUUAAUGGGUUUUGUUUGCAUUGAUUAAAAGUUGAGUCCGUGAGUGAGAAAAAAGUUGGUUCCUUUUUUAGGUUUUAGGAGUUUUGUUCCGUUCCCCCCCCACUUCCAUUGAAGGAAGAAAUAAGUGAUGAAUGUUCAUUGGAUUUGGGGGAUUGAACGUUAAUGCAUAAGUUUCUAGCACUUAUACCACAUAUGUUUCGGAGAUUGAGAUGGUUUGUUGGUUUGAAUCAAAAGAAUUGGUCAACCAAAAGGUUGGUCAAUGCUGAUCAACCUGUCCCUGCAAGGCCAAAUCACCAACCUGCUCUUGAUGCUGUUCAUGAGGUUGCAAUUUACAUUCAUAGGUUUCAUAAUCUUGACCUUUUUGAACAAGGAUGGUACAAAAUCAAGGUUACCAUGAGAUUGGAGGAUGGUGAAGAUUUCUACCCAGGGAUUCCGGCUAGGGUUGUUCAGUAUGAAGCUCCUGAAGUGGGUUCUGACAAUUUAUGUAGAGUUUGGAUGAUUGAUGAUACGGACAACAGUUUUUCAACACCACCAUUUCAGAUUAGAUAUGCAAGGCAGGAUGUAUUUCUUUCUAUCAUGAUCUCGUUCUACCUAGCUUUUGGUGUAUAUGAGGGAGAAUCCUCUGAUGUUAUCUUGAAGUUUGAACUCAUGCAUGCUCCUAUGUCUGCAACUGGAUCUGAGUUACAUGGUUCACUGGAUGCAUGUUCUGUUUCAGCUCAUGAAUAUAAAAUCCCCCCUAAAGCUCUUCUUGGACUGCAUUCAUAUUGUCCUGUCCACUUUGAUGCUUUCCAUGCAGUCGUCGUUGAUACAAGUGUUCACAUCAGUCUGCUAAAAGCUAGUUAUCGCACAGUUCGACAGAAGUUGAAUUGUACCAGUGAUUGUAGAGAUUCAGAAGGCACUUAUGCUGAAGACUAUGUUGGGUCAAACAAGGUGAUGCUCAUCAAAGCAUUGAUGGCUGCACACAAUAUCCUGCUUGAAGAUCUGAGAAGAAUAAGCGCAGGCAUUGACCAAGCUAUUGAUUUGACUGGAAUUACUUUUGAAUCAGAUGUUACAAAAUGGUUUGAUUCUACUCUUCCAGAGCCUGUGAAAAGUAUCGAUGGUGAACCAUCACUGCAGCUGUCUGAUAGGGACAAAGUUAGUGUUGAGGAUUCUACUCAUUAUACCAAUUAUCUAACUGAGGAAUCAGUUCAACCUUUUUGUUGGGAUGAUCAUCUGUUAAACUCUUUCCAGUCUCUAGGGAAUCAGCUCUUAUGUCUCUGGAAUAUAUUUCUGAAAUUCCACAGGGAAAACAAAACAAAAAUACUAGAAUUUCUGCGUAAGUCCUGGGCUAUAGAUCGGAGAACUGAAUGGUCAAUAUGGAUGGUGUACACAAAGGUAGCAAUGCCUCAUCAAUAUAUGAACAGAAUUGAGGGGACAGCAUUGCACCAUGGCGUACGUAGAAGUUCAUUAAGUCCAGGGGGGUUGAUUGAUGAUCCUAUUCAAACUGCAAUAAUGCGUGCAGAACUUCAUAGGCGAGGUAUAGCACAUAUGAGGAUCAACAACCGGUCCCUUCAAGACAUGUAUAUAUUUGGAGAUCCUCUGUUUGUUCCUAUAAUUAUUGUUGAACGCAUGACAAAUGCGUACCGUUCUUCCAGUGUGAAUUCAAACUUCAUUUCUGUGGGGAAUGAUGCAAAACAUAUCCUAGGAAAUGGUUCCAGAUCCACAAACAAGUUGUGCGGAAGUAGCCAGCAAAAUGGACAUGUUUUGAGAGUAGUUGUUUUUGUUCACGGGUUUCAGGGAAAUCAUUUGGAUUUACGGCUUUUUCGUAACCAAUGGCUUUUAAUAGACCCCGAGAUACAAUUUCUAAUGUCAGAGGCAAACGAAGAAAAAACAUCUGGGGACUUCAGAGAAAUGGGUUAUCGGCUUGCUCAGGAAGUGAUCUCUUUCCUAAAAAGGAAAAUGGAUAAAGCUUCAAGAAGAGGAAACUUGAAAGAUAUCAAGCUUAGCUUUGUCGGUCAUUCUAUUGGUAAUCUCAUUAUCAGGGCAACCUUAACAGAGAGCAUUAUGGAACCAUAUCUAAGAUACUUGUAUACCUAUGUGUCCAUAUCGGGUCCACACUUGGGUUAUAUGUACAGUUCGAACUCUCUAUUUAAUUCAGGGAUGUGGCUAUUGAAGAAGGUCAGGGGGACCCAAUGCAUCCAUCAACUAACCUUUACAGAUGAUCCUGAUCUUGAGAAUACUUACAUCUACAAUCUUUCCAAGGAAAAGACGCUGGAAAACUUUCGGAAUGUGUUACUUUUGUCGUCACCUCAGGAUGGUUAUGUACCAUAUCAUUCUGCUAGAAUAGAACUUUGUCCAGCAGCAUCUUCGGAUUUCUCUAAAAGAGGGAAAAUCUUCCUACAGAUGCUAAAUAAUUGCUUAGACCAAAUCCAAGCUUGCUCCGACAAUCGUGUGAUCAUGUGCUGCGACGUCAACUUCAACGCUUCUUGCUACGGAAGGAACCUAAACACACUUAUCGGACGGGCAGCUCAUAUUGAAUUCUUAGAGUCUGACAUUUUUGCAAAGUUCAUAAUGUGGUCUUUCCCAGAGAUGUUUAGAUAACAAAGGGAACUGGCAUGGAAUUCGGGUAAUAUUGUUGAUUUGAAGAAUCGGCAAAGUUGACACAACUCACAACACGAGACUUCCUGAACAGUGGAACUUAAGCACUAUGAUCACAACAACAGUUCAGAGAUGCCAAGUUGAAGGAUGAAAACUACACAAGUUGGUAUUCUUCCAAUGCAAUCCUAUCAGUGUAACAAAAAUAGUGAAGCUGACCCCUCCCAUAAAUGUGCACACAUUUUUUCUUUCAUUUUGGCAGGGAGAUUGAUGCAUAUGCAAUAGACACGACCAUGAGAUCUUGGAUUCUGUAAAUUACUGUUCUAUAGUAAUGUUUUUGUAUUUCCUCUUAGUUAUUGUUAGGAGUACAGGUUUUUUGGUUAGUAGUGUCUGCUUUGCUCUGCUUAAGGACCAUAGUGUUGCAAAGUUAAAUGUGGCACAUGAAUGUCUGUACUUGCUUUGUAGCAUGUAAAAAGAACCGAAGCAUGAGUGUAUCAUAUCUGUUCCAAGUUUUUAUUUAUUGAAUAGAUGCUGUUAGCUCUGUAUUGAUAGAUUUCAAA